AUGACCACCAGAAGAAACUCGAGGUGGCUUAUACGUGCCAAUGCCGGCAUCGACGCACUCCAGUUUGAAGACAACAUACCUAUUCCCGAAAUAAGUGGGAAACAAUGUCUGAUCCGCAUAGAAGCGGCGUCAUUGAACUAUCGCGACAUCGCAAUGGCCACGGACCGAUACAUUUGGCAAGUCGCGAAGUCGUUCGUACCGGUUUCUGAUGGCUGCGGGCAGAUCAUUGCCAUCGGCGACGAAGUCAAUGAAUUCCAAGUCGGAGACAAGGUCUGCAUGUCAUUUAUGCAAGAUCAUCAAGACGGAAUCAUUACACCGCCGAUCCGAGCAAGUAGCCUGGGAAGCCAGCGCGAUGGAGUCCUCCAGCAUUACGGCAUUUUCGAAGAGACUGGCCUUGUGUGCUUACCGAAGCACCUCACCUCUGUUGAAGGCUCCACCUUACCAUGCGCCGCUGUGACGGCCUGGAACUGUCUUUUCGGCUUGCAUGGGAAAUCUCUGCAGAAAGGCGAAAUUUUGCUCACCCAAGGUACAGGUGGAGUUUCCUUGUUCGCGAUACAGUUUGCACUCGCCAUUGGUGCCACAGUGAUCAGUACAACUUCCAGUCCGGAGAAAGCGAAAAGGCUGAAAGAAUUAGGCGUUCACCAUGUCAUCAAUUACCAAGACGAUUCGAACUGGGGUGACACAGCAAAGGCACUAAGCGAGGAUGGACUCGGAGUGCAUCAUGUCGUAGAGGUUGGCGGGGAGACUACGAUAUCUCAGUCCAUAUCAGCAGUCAGGCCUGAGGGAGUCAUCUCCUUGGUCGGUUUUCUGGGCGGAAAGAGCGCUUCACCCACCAGUUUUGGCUUGGUCCAGCAAAAGACUUGCAUAGUCCGAGGCAUCAACGUCGGGUCGCGGAAGCUAUUCCGUGAGAUGAACUCAUUCCUCGAAGACAAAGGUAUCAAGCCUGUUGUCUCGGACAGGAUCUUUGAUUUUCACUCCGCGAAGGAGGCUUACCACUACAUGGAUCAACAGGAGUUCUUCGGCAAGAUUGUGAUCAAGGUAGACUGA